AUGCACUCUCAAGGAAUUGCGUACCAAACGUACGACCACAUCGGAGUUAUACUCGAGAGGACUAUACCAACUGGCACACCGGAAACGUCAACGACAUUAGAGGGUGAUUGUUAUCAUACAAAAGCCUUCAAUGCUGUGCCUACAACAUGUGGAUGCCCAUCCAGAGUGGUUAUCGAACAAUACUGUUGCUGCAAAGAUGAAACCAAUACUGUGGAAGUCCCUUUGAAGCCACACAAUGAACGUGAGUACAAACCGGAACGUCUCAAGACUGUACUAACAGUGUUGUGCUUCGCAAUUGUGAUGUGCAUCAAUCAUUUCGUACUUGCAGUGAUAUCGGACAUCAUCAGCCGACUUCCGCUUCCGGAUCUUGCACAUUCUUUAAUAAAACAGUAUGACACCCCAAGACAUAUGGCGGACGUGUUUGCUUCAGUAGCCUCUUCUGUGUUAGUGCUAGUAUGCGUUGUCUUUCAUAAGUACAGGUGGAUUGUCACUCGUCGGCUUUUCUAUAUUGGAACUGUCCUUUACAUUAUGCGUGCAAUAAGUAUCUGUCUUACCCAUAUUCCUUCAGGAUUUCAAGAUUUUGAGAAUGAUAUUUGCGUACCUCCUAAUCCAGAUCCGAAUCCUUCAGUAAGCAGUGUGCUAGACAAGUUCCUGAACAUUAUGGGAACUAUGGGCCUUCAAGUACAAACAUUAAACAACAAGCUACAUUGUGGAGACAUGUUAUUUUCCGGUCAUACGACUGUUAUUUCCACCAGUUGCUUCUUCCUAAACUACUACACACCACACUCAUUGUGGCCGUUGAAAUUGGCAGCAAUUACAUCUUGCAUAAUCGCAAUGGUUUGUGUGGUUGUUUCACGUAUUCACUAUUCCGUGGAUGUGGUUAUGGGUUACUGGAUCAGUAGUAUCAUAUUUAGUGUUUACCAUGGAUUUUGUGAGGUCCCACAUGUUCUACGCCCACGCAAUCGACCAUUUCGACGGCUCUUUAUCUUCUGGACAAUGUUCGAAUUGGAACGUCACGUACCGGAAGGACGAAUUCCUAACAAACUCGAAUGGCCAUUACCUUGGCCAAAGGCAAUCUCGGACAGAUUCGAGGAAUGGAAUGAGCAAUCGGAGAGAUCUUUAACAGGACGAAUCGCAUUAUGGUUGUCUGAGCAUCGUGUCAAACUGCAUUUCUAG